AUGGCCAUCAAUCCGGACGAAGAUACAGAAUUUAAUGAUGCACUUCGAAAACAUGGGAUUCUACCUCCUAAGCCAGAAGCACCACGUACCCCAUCUCCGCCACCAUCUCCAACGCUAGAGGAACUAUUAGAAGACUAUGAACCUGAUCAGCUGCGCGAACGAGCCGACGAAGCUCGGGACGAUGAUGAAGCUCGUGCCAUCGAGGCUUACCGACGGCAGCGAAUAGCAGAAAUGCAGCAGGAGCAGAGGCGAGCACGAUUUGGACGCGUAUAUCCAAUAGGGAGGGACGAUUAUACGCGGGAGGUCACCGAAGCAAGCAAGAUUGACGAAGAGGGUGACGACAUGGUAGGCAAAGGAACCGGUGUAAUAUGUUUUCUGUAUAAGGAUGGUCAUUUACCUAGUGAGCGUGCUUUCAAUCAUAUCCGAACACUUGCAACCCGCCACCCUCGGACAAAAUUUGUCUCAAUUGUCGGAGACAAAUGCAUACCCAACUAUCCUGAUCGCCAUCUCCCAACUGUCUUCAUAUAUCGGAAAGGUGAAAUUGUAAACCAGCAAGUGGCCUGGGGAGCCGAUAGGGAGCGAACUCUUGAGGGU